UCGCAAUCAUAUAGUAUACGGCAUAUUUUUAUUGCACGGUGUCGGUAUGUUAAUGUCAUGGAAUAUGUUCAUCACCAUAGCACCACAGUACUAUGUGUCUUAUUGGUUCACUGUGGAUGGAAAUGCCACGCAUUAUGCAGAAAGUUUUAUGAGUGUUCUUGGAGCAACUUCACAGAUUCCAGCCGUGGGGAUUAUGUUCGUGAAUAUGGCGAUAGUGAUCGCAGGAUCGCUAAUGAUGAGGAUUGUUGUGCCGCUUAUCAUCAACUGUUUCCUG